UUUCAAGCAGAGAUGUCGAACCUCGAAGAGCGCCUGCUGCUCCUGCUUCCGAAGGGCGUGGUCGGGGUCCUCGCGCUCGUCGGAAUCCUCGCUGUGGGGAGGAUCCUCGCUUGCUCAGUGUGGGGAGUUGUGGGGGCGCUGAGGACGUACGUGUGGGCCAGGCUGUGGGCCAAGAGUCUCCCCGAAACUUACGGGAAAUGGGCAGUGGUGACUGGCUCGACGGACGGCAUUGGGAAGAGUUACGCCAAGGAGCUCGCCAAGAAGGGGAUGAACAUCUUGCUCGUCUCAAGGAACAUGGAGAAGCUUCAGAGAGUUGCUAAAGAAAUUAGAUCUAAAUACCGAGUUCAGACGGACGUCGUGCAAGCUGACUUCGCGCUGGGUCGCCCAAUCUAUGGCAACAUUGCAAAGCGACUGAAGGGAAAGGACAUUGGAAUUCUAGUGAACAACGUAGGCAUGCUGCUCGCUCCGGGUCCAUUCAAGAAAUUAACGGAGGACAACAUCUGGGCGUACGUGAACGUGAACGUGGCGUCCGUGCUGGCCAUGACUCGCCUGGUUUUGCCCGAGAUGCUCCGGAGGAAGAAGGGCGCCGUCGUCAACGUGUCGUCCGUCGCCUCCUACUUCCCGAUGGCUUACUUCCAAGUGUACUCGGCGUCGAAGGUAUUGCGCAGGCUG